GUGCAGCGGCCACCGGGUCCUGCAGAGGGAACAGGGGCCUCCUUGCUCAGCCCAAACCCCAUGGGGUCAGGGAGGGGAUCUGGGGAAGGGAAAGAUGCCAGGUGAGACAGCUGGCCUCACUUGCCCCAGGGCUCGCUGCGCCUCCCAAAGGACUGGGCCUGGGAAGGAGACACUGCCCAGCUGGCUGGGCCACCUGCUUCAGGCAAUACUGGGCGCUCCGCCCUGUGCAGAGGCCGCCUAGCCACGUCCCCUGGGAGUGCUGUCUGGGCCUGAUUGGAAAACUGGAGAAGAGGCCCUGCGAUUGAUGAGUGUGCCUUGGGAGUCGGUGAACAGGUGAUACAGGAGGCCAGGAUGGGUCAGAAGGUCACUGGAGGGAUCAAGACUGUGGACAUGAGGGACCCCACGUACCGGCCCUUGAAGCAGGAGCUCCAGGGUCUGGACUACUGCAAGCCCACCCGCCUGGACCUGCUGCUGGACAUGCCCCCCGUGUCCCACGACGUCCAGCUGCUCCACUCCUGGAACAACAACGACCGCUCGCUCAACGUCUUCGUGAAGGAGGACGACAAGCUCAUCUUUCACCGGCAUCCGGUGGCCCAGAGCACAGACGCCAUCAGGGGCAAAGUCGGGUACACACGCGGGCUGCACGUGUGGCAGAUCACGUGGGCCAUGAGGCAGCGGGGCACCCAUGCCGUGGUGGGCGUGGCGACGGCGGACGCCCCCCUGCACUCUGUUGGGUACACGACGCUCGUGGGGAAUAACCAUGAGUCCUGGGGCUGGGACUUGGGACGCAACCGGCUCUACCACGAUGGCAAAAACCAGCCGAGCAAAACGUACCCGGCCUUUCUGGAGCCGGACGAGACGUUCAUUGUCCCUGACUCCUUCCUGGUGGCCCUGGAUAUGGACGACGGGACCCUGAGUUUCAUUGUGGAUGGACAGUACAUGGGAGUAGCUUUUCGGGGACUCAAGGGCAAAAAACUCUAUCCUGUAGUGAGCGCCGUCUGGGGCCACUGUGAGAUCCGCAUGCGCUACUUGAACGGACUUGACCCGGAGCCCCUGCCGCUCAUGGACCUCUGCCGCCGCUCGGUGCGCCUGGCCCUGGGGAAGGAGCGCCUGGGUGAGAUCCACGCGCUGCCGCUGCCCGCCUCCCUCAAGGCCUACCUCCUCUACCAGUGACUCCCCGCCCGGGGCCGCCCGCACGACAGCCCCCUGGUGCCAACUCACUGAGCCACCGCCGCGCCCCGCAUCUUGGACCGGCGUUCUCAGCGUGGGAGGAAGUCCCUCUCUUCCUCUUCAUCCUCUCUGGCUGCCCCGCCAGACACAGACAGCUCUGGAUGCGGGCCCCUCCGUUCCCCUUCCGGACGUUGGCAGAAGUUCCCUGCAUGCCGAAUCACGGCCCCUCCUCGGACAAAGACACAUAGAAUAAACUCCUACCCUGAGCUCUGGUCUGCUCUCCGGGUAGCCUGGGGUACUCCCCCACCGGCCGAGUCCCACAGUGAUGGAGCAGGUGGGAGAUGCCCUGGUGCCGAGAGCAGAUCCCGGGGGUGCUAAGAGGUGCUUAGACAAGGGCCGGUGCCCACCCAGCAGGGCCCGGCCACGGCAGACGAAGCUCAGGAUGUCAGAAGCUCACCAUGGCCACCAAGGCAGAAACCAAAAUUGGACCUUCCGCAGGCACGUGAGCACCGAGCAUCAGUCCUGGCUGUUGGUGCCCCCUGUACCCUGUAUUUAUUCUUUUAACAAUAACAAAAGCCAUUUAUUUAUUCCAUUUAGAAAGGAAAGCUUGUUUGGGUCACCUCUCUCUGGAGUGUUCUGUUGCUUUUCAUCCACCUGCCCCUCCCUGGGAUGUGUGUGCCUCACCUGCCCUUCUCGCUGGGUCGUGUCUGUGAUGUGUCCCCACAUGGGCACAGGGUGUCUUUGUUUGGGUCUCUUGACCUAAGGUUUCCAGGGGGCACCAAGUUCCCAAGCGGGCCCCUCAGGGAGCAUCAGCCUCACGUGCAAUAUGAGAGUCUUGGGGGACCAGUCGGCACGGGCUGUGGCAGCUCCCUGUGUCUCUCCUGGAAGCCACUUACCACUUGGGCUCAUACGUCUUUGCCCGUGGUUUUAUUUCUUUCGUCUUCUAUGGGAUUUGGGGUGUGGUUUCAGUUUUACUUUUGCUUUGCUACCUGAGAUCUUCUACGUGCAUCCUCAGAAGCUUCGGCUUCCCCGAGGACCACCUCAGCCAGGAAGGGAAGAUGCGUAAGUCUCCAUCCCCCGAGAAGCCAGGGGCAGGGUGGGGUGGGGGAGACCAGAGUAGAGUCGUGCAUCCUAGAAGCCAGUGCAGGUCUCUGCUAAAUGCCCCUGUCCACGCUCUGGGCCAGUUCAUCGUGAUGCCCCAGCGCUAGAGGGGCAGGGUGGGGCGGGGCGGGCAGCCAGCAGAAGACGGACACUCCCUCUCCUGCACAGCUCCCCCACGUAGCAGACCCCAGCACCUGCCACCACAUUCACCAUUUCUUAUGUCUUGAAGUCAACUCUCUUAGAAUCUGACUUCUGUCCAUUUCUGUACAGGUACAAUAGAUGACUUUAUUUGUUUAAAAUGUUUAAUAUAUAUGCAUAUAUAUUUGUCUGUAAGAAUCGUGUUUUAAACAGCUGCUGUAGGGUACCUUUAAAAAAAAGUGUGUAUUUUUUAAAGCACAAAAUUGGUGCCAAGACUGGGUGAGGAGUGUAAAUUACCCCCUUAUUAUUUAGAGGUUUGUUUUUUUUCAGGGGGUGGCGGGGGGAGGAACCUUAACUGUAAGACUUUUGAAGAUUGUCCUCACUACGGUUUCAGGUUGGGUCGUGUUUUGAUGAAUGUUGCACACAAGAGGGUCUCACUUAUACAGAUCCAGCCUUAUCACCUUGACCCAGCCGUCUCCCGCAGACGCUGGACAAAUCGCCGGGCUCCUUGUCAUCUCUCUGCAUGUCCCGCCCUCCAGCUCCCCGAACCUCAACCCCAUCCUUCUUUCCUCUCAGCCCAGAGCCUUGUGGCCUGUACAGUUUUGAAACUCCCAUUCUAUUUUAUGAUGGUUGAUAAUAGUCAGUAACCUUAUUAGAAUAAAGUAAAGUUUAUUAAAAUAGAAAGCCAC